CUCCAGUCCAGCCAGCCCUCCGCUCUUUACCGAGCCCAACCGACCGUCGCCUCUGCUGUGUCCACGCUCGGCCACUGGACAGAGCCUGGGCAGCCACGAUGCGGCUCCGUUUACUCCUGUGCCUGGUACUCCUGAGCCCGCGGAUGGCCGCCCUGCGCCGACCCCAGAAGAAGAGAGUUCAGGAGCUGUCGCCCGCAGUUGCCACGGUGGCCCCUGGCAGCCGGGACUUUGUCUUCGACCUCUACAGGGCCUUGGCCGCAGCUGCCCCCGACCAGAACAUCUUCUUCUCCCCUCUGAGCAUCUCCGUGAGCCUGGCCAUGCUCUCCCUGGGGGCGCGGUGCAACACGAAGGCGCAGGUGCUGGCGGGCCUGGGCCUCAGCUCCCAGGAGGGCCAGGAGGAGGAGCUCCACAGCGCCUCCCAGCGGCUGCUGUGGGAGCUCGAGCGGCCCAGAGACGGCCUCCAGCUGAGCCUCGGCAACGCCCUGUUCACCAAGCCCGCGGUGCCCAUGGAGGAGGCCUUCCUGGGCGCCAUAAGGACGCUGUACCUGGCAGACACUUUCCCCACCGACUUUGAGGACCCUGAAGGGGCCCAGAAGCAGAUCAAUGAUUACGUGGCAAAGCAAACGAAAGGCAAGAUUGUGGACUUGGUUAAGGGCCUGGAUGGCACUGAGGUCAUGGUCAUAGUGAAUUACAUUUUCUUUAAAGCUAAGUGGGAGACAAGCUUCAACCGCAAAAGCACCCACGAGCAGGACUUCCACGUGACCUCAGAGACGGUGGUGCGGGUACCCAUGAUGAAACGAGAAGAUCAGUUUUACUACCUCCUGGACCGAAACCUCUCCUGCAGGGUGGUAGGGGUCCCCUACCAAGGGAACGCCACCGCCUUCUUCAUUCUCCCCCGCGAGGGCGGGAUGGGACAGGUGGAAAAUGGCCUGACAGAGAAAACACUGAGGAAGUGGCUCAGGAUGCCCAUGAAGAGGCAGCUUGAGCUUCACCUACCCAAGUUCUCCAUUGAGGGCUCCUAUCAGCUGGAGAAAGUCCUCCCCAAGCUGGGGAUCAGAGAUGUCUUCACCUCCUAUGCUGACCUGACCGGCAUCUCCAACCAUUCCAACAUCCAGGUGUCUGAGAUGGUUCACAAAGCCAUGGUGGAGGUGGACGAGUCGGGAACCCAAGCGGCUGCAGCCACGGGGACAAUCUUCAUGUUCAGAUCUGCCCGGAUGAGCUCUCAAAAGACGGGUGCUUUGGAGAACAUUUGGUUUUGCUCUCACCUUUCAUCCAUGGAGACUAGCACUGAGAUCCAGAGAAGCCACACAGCAUGCCAGUGGCAGAGAGAAGCUCAGAAUCCAAUCCAGGAUUGUUCCAGUAGAUAUUUCUACCAGGAAGCAUAUUCCCAAGCCUAGUUCCCCACCUGUCUGUAAUACCAGCUACCAGUUUGCCAUGGUUUGGAAAGGACACUGGAAUGGGGGUAUGAAGUGGGGCUUCUGUCCCAGCUGUGUGACAUUGGGUAAUACUGUCACUCUCUGGACUUCGGUUUCCCCACGUAUACGAUGAAGGGUCAGGUCAAGGACUGGAGGAUCCUUGAAAUCAUAUAAAAAGUGUAGAAUGUUCCCCACAAAUCAGGUGAUUUCAAUGCAUCCAAGUGCCACCCAUCUUUUAAGGAAAGCAGGUGGACGGCAGGGUGGACACGGCCAUCCCAGGUUUGUACCGUACUGUGGGUACAUUUACAACCUCGUGGGCUUGGCUGGGGGUGGGAGAAUGGAGGCCUGUUGCAAAUACUAGAGUAUCAGUUGAAGACCCUGAUGACUAACUGUGGAUUUUAGUGUCAGCAAUAACAAUAAAGCAUUUUGCAAACACUGGGUGUCAUUGUCCUU